AUGAAUCGCCUACCGCGCGAACUGGUCGAUGCGAUACUUCAGCAAUGUAUCGAAUAUGGCCCCAAGAAUGCAGUCCUCGAUCUUCGGCUCGUUUGCCGCGUCUUUGACCAGAUUCUUAAGCCCUUCGCAUGCCGGACUCUGGACCUGGAAUUCUCGCGCCUAAGCAAGACAAGCGGUAUAGAACAUCCACAAAUAGAUGCACUCCAGACGAUAGGCUAUCACUGCAAGAGUCUAUAUAUUGACCUGAUGGUUCUGAGAGAUGACCUGGAAGUCGAGUUCCUUGAUACCGUAUUUGCACGAGUUCCGUCCAUGGCGGACUUUUGUCAAACACUACACAAAAAGUACUGCAUGAAUGAAACAUCUUUCACGGAGACGGAUUACUAUGAGAAGGUUGAGGAGAUGCUAUUCUAUUGCCGUGACGUUGACCGUCUACGACUUAACCUCCCCUUCCAGCUCGUCGGCCGCCAUUGCAACGCCGCCACGAUGAUCCUGGCCAACACACUGAAAGCCUUUGCGCAGCGACCCGAGGAAGACUCAGCUAAAGCUCAAUACACUUGUCUUUUGGAGGUAUUGGAACACCUCGUCUUGACGUUACGGCGACACGAGAACGAGCCCAUAACCGUGGGACUAUUCGGAUCCUGCCUUUGGAACCUUGUGGAGAACGCGGGAGAGCUCAAGAGUCUCUGCUUAGUAGGGAUGGACCACGAUGAUCGCCCACCACGAGGUCUGAAACAGACGAAAUUCUGGCAGAUGCCUGUUGACGAGUGGCGUGCAAAGUCAUUACCGGCGCCUAAUGUCAUACACUCCAAUCUCACAUGCUUGGAGCUCAAGCGGAUCGAGUUGUGCCCAGAGGUAUUUGUCCGUACUGCGGAGAAUUUUGGAACCACACUUCGAGAGCUUUAUUUGAACGAAGUAUAUCUAAAGGUCGAGCAGUCGCGCGACUGGAACGAGGAUUCUAAGAAAAUCCUUUGGGUCGGUAUGCCCAACCAACGUCCAGGGGAUGACUGCCAUUGGAUUGCUAUGGCGCUGAGAUGUGCAACACCACAUCUGAGAAUCUGCCGAGCGUCCUUCCUGGCCUACGACCAUUACAUGCUCGAAGAUAUCCCCACACAGCCAGAGUUUGACCUUAUUGACCCCUGUGGUCUCGGUCGAAGCAUCUCCCAACGCUUUGUUGAAGUUGUCAUGGGAAUACGCCAACCUACGGCUCUCACUAAAGAUGCAGUCGAAUACCUUCCUGCGGACGCUCUGUUUGACAGUCUUCUUAACAACCUGCUCCCACGGAAUCGUGCACUGGGGGUGGUUGAAUACGAUACUAAUGCGUACCAGACGGCUGUCGCAAAUUCAACGUCAGAGUGGCAACGCAGCAUCGAUGGCGUGUUCCCAAAUUGCAACUCCAAUACUCUUGAUGAGUUGCAUUUUAUCGCCGAGACAGCAUGUGAAGGCAUGAGUGAGAUACACCGGCGUCGCAACGAGUGGUCUGCCGAGAAUAGCAUGGCAAACGAGUUCACGGAAAACUUGUUUAAUAUCCCACCUUCUGACGACGAACAUGUUUAA